UAAACCUCGUUUUCAAAAUGUCGGAGCGGUACAGUUUUUCUCUCACAACUUUCAGUCCCUCUGGAAAGUUGGUUCAAAUAGAAUAUGCACUUGCAGCAGUAGCAGCUGGUGCCCCCUCAGUUGGGAUCAAAGCUACCAAUGGAGUUGUUCUGGCAACAGAGAAGAAACAGAAGUCAAUACUCUAUGAUGAACACAGCGUGCACAAGGUGGAAAUGGUCACAAAAAAUGUGGGCAUGGUCUACAGUGGUAUGGGACCCGAUUACAGAGUGUUGGUGCGACAGGCAAGGAAGCUAGCUCAGCAAUAUUAUCUUACAUACCAAGAGGAAAUACCAACAGCACAAAUUGUACAAAGGGUCGCCAAUGUAAUGCAAGAAUACACACAGUCUGGUGGUGUACGUCCAUUCGGUGUAUCUUUGUUGAUGGCUGGUUGGGAUGAAGAUGAAAAAAGACCAUACCUUUAUCAGUGUGAUCCCUCUGGAGCAUACUUUGCAUGGAAGGCCACUGCUAUGGGAAAAAACUUUAUCAAUGGAAAGACAUUCUUAGAAAAAAGGUAUAGCGACAAUCUUGAGUUGGAAGAUGCAGUCCAUACAGCUAUCCUAACACUCAAGGAGAGUUUUGAGGGCCAGAUGACAGAAGAUAAUAUAGAAAUAGGGAUCUGUAAUCAAGAUGGAUUUAAAAGACUUUCCCCAUCUGAAGUUAAAGACUACCUUGCAUCUAUUGCAUAAGCUAGGAUAUAUAUGAUAUGGUGUCUUAGUGAGGACAGAAUGCCAGCACAAUGGCUCAUUUUAAUGGUCUCAAAAUAACAUGUGUCAUGGUCAAUUAAAGAGUCAGUAGAGGGAUAUGUGAAACUGAUGUCUUAGGACAUUAAACUCACUAUAAUCUAUCUGAUAUAUUAAUUGUAUCUGACAAGCAGGGAUCAUAAAGCAACCAAAGUGAGACUUCAUUUACAGUUUCAAAGGAGAUCACUACUGUUUACUUUCAGUCUGAUCUUUGAAUUCUAUUAUUUUCUAGGUGUAUAAAACAGAAACAUUGCCAACUUUAUUCUCAUAUAACAACAUGCGAAUGUAAAUUUAUUGUGAACUGAACAUUGCAAAUGACAUUAGGAAAUAGAAUUUUGUAUAAAAACCAAGUACAUCUUUUGGAUAUGAAAACAUUCAUGCGUUCCAUAUGAUCAUCUACCUACAUUCAUUUUCAAGUGGAUCUUGUGUUCAGGUUCAUUUAAAAUUCCAAAAAUAUUGAUUGCUAAACCAGCAGGCUGCUAAACCGUCCAAAUUAGACACCAAUGCAAGUUUUGCUGUUUAAAUAUAAAUAUAGUCAUUCUGUACUUAGCACUCGGAUCCAUCGUCCUUUCCUAUGAAAUAGUGGAGUAUUUAGUUUCUGCCUUGCCCAAGUCUGUAUUUUUUACUUAUCUGAUCUU